CUGAGUGGAGCGGUGUUCGCGGGCAGCGGGUGGCCUUGGUCUCCACCGCCCCUCAGGAAGGGACUGGGACCUCUGCAGGACCCUGGAGCCUGCUGCCGAAGCUGCUAACGCAUGGAGUCCGCAUUCAGCAGCCCCGCGGAGGCGGCGCUGCAGCGGGAGGCGGGCGACCCGGCCCUGCUCACUCCUGUCUCCGACCUCGACCAAGUUUAUGAGCUGGAACGAGUUGCCGCGUUCAUCGGCGACCUGGACUGUCCACGGGUGGCUUUGCAGUUCCCUGACCGUCUUUUGGGAGACGCUAGGGCUGUGGCUACACGAUUGGAGGAGGCCACCGGAUCGAAGAUGUUCAUUCUGGGGGAUACGGCCUAUGGCAGCUGCUGCGUGGACGUGCUGGGUGCUGAGCAAGCAGGGGCCCAGGCCCUGGUGCACUUUGGCCCUGCCUGUUUAAGCCCCCCCUCCCGCCCGCUGCCCAUCGCCUUUGUCCUCGGCCAGCGUCCUGUGGCUUUGGAGCUCUGCGCUAAGGCCUUUGAAACCCAGUACCCAGACCCCACAGUGCCGGUGGCACUGCUGAGUGAGCCGGCCUGUGCCCACGCCAUGGAGGCCUUGGCCACUCUCCUGCGCCCACGCUACCCGGAACUGCUGGUUUCCAGCCCGGCUCUUCCCCUGCCAGCAGGGUCCCUCUGCCCACAGCCUGAGCCCCUGGAGCGUUUUGGGCGCCGCUUCCCCCUGGCCCCAGGGAGGUGUCUGGAAGAGUACAGUGCCUUCUACGUGGGAGGUUCUGAAGCCGGCUCUGAUCCCGACCUUGACCCAGACUUGAGCCGACUGCUCUUGGGAUGGGUACCAGAACGGUCUUUCUUCUCCUGCUGCCCAGACACGGGGCAGAUUCAGGAUGAGGGUGUCCGGGCCGGGCGUCUGAGGGCACGAAGACACUACCUGGUAGAGAGGGCCCGUGAUGCCCGUGUGGUAGGGCUGCUGGUGGGCACGCUGGGUGUAGCCCAAUACCGAGAGGCUCUGGCCCAUUUGAGGAGCCUGACACAGGCUGCCGGCAAGCGGAGCUAUGUGUUGGCCGUCGGGCGGCUCACUCCAGCCAAGCUGGCUAACUUCCCUGAGAUGGACGUCUUCGUGCUGUUGGCCUGUCCCCUGGGUGCCCUGGCCUCCCAGUCUUCUGGUAGCUUCUUCCGACCUGUGUUGAUGCCCAGUGAGCUGGAGGCUGCCUGCAACCCUGCCUGGCCACCCCUGGGCUUGGCUCCCCACCUCACUCAUUAUGCGGAUUUGUUGCCGGGUUCUUCCUAUCACGUGCCCCUUCCCCCUCCUGAGUCUGAGCUGUGGGACACCCCAGAUGUGUCACUUAUUUCUGGAGACCUCCGGCCCCCACCUGCCCAGAAGGUACCUGAGGAGCCUGGAUGCUCAGCCCUGACUUCUCGGCCGCAGCUGGCGCUGGCUGAGAGCAUCCCUGCAGCCUCAUUUCUUAGCUCCCGGAGCUGGAAGGGCCUGGAGCCCCGCCUGGGUCAGACACCAGCGACUGGAGCUGUGAGUGGACGACAGGGAAUCGCUAUCGCUUACGAGGAUGAAGGAAGUGGUUGAUACCAUGCAGGACCAGACACACAGCAGACUUGUGAAUCACUGCGAGGACCUGUGGUGUGUCCUGUCAGCCUGAAGAGAGUGUGGGAAGAGGCUCCAGUCCCAUGCUGCCCUGGAGCUAGCAUAAGGGUUGGCAUGCCCCCGUGGAGGAAAUGCCUGUUGUUUGAUUGACCAGGGGCAGGGCUUAUGGGCUUCCCUGAGGCCUGAGCCCAUCUCUCCUGGCAAGUCCCAGCUGCUGGUCCACAGGAAAAGGGCUGCCCUUGGGUAAGGGGAAGGUCCUGGCAGGUGUAGCCUGGCUACCUCUGCCUCAGCAGGUUAACGUUCGGGUUUUGACAAGUCUCCUGUGGGGUCUGUACUGUGCGUGCUGGGCUGUGUAGCAACAGCCCAGUCCUCUGCCCAGCAGCAGCAGCAGCAGCAGAUACCACCACCCCUGCUGGGACAAGCAGAAAUGCCUCCAGAUG